AUGCCUCUCGAACGGACGGAAAAGGAUUGGAAACGCUAUGAAGAGCUCUUAGCGGCUAAGCAAGAUAAGCAAGAAAAGGUUCAGAGUGGGACCGUUGAGGGCCCUUUUGUAGCUAUGGGUUCAGAGCAGGAAGCAGGGCACCUUUCUUCGGGUUCUGUACAGCCCAUUAUCCGUUGCUUCGACGAAGCAGUCCUUGAAGAAAGAGAGAAACCUUCUCCUUCUAAGCUAAAGGCCAGUCUACUUCCUCACCAGAAAGAAGCGUCAGCAGCUAAUGAAGCCAAUGCACGGACUGCUAAUGCUAAUGCUAGAUCUACUACAGGCUCCUCUAUUUGUAGUGCUGGUGCAUAG